CGGCCACGGGGAUGGAUGAGGCCAGUCCCUGCCUGCAGUGGAGCCGUGGACAAUGAGCACCUUUGGGACACCACGUGGCACUGGAAUUCCAGCCCCAUGGCCGAGGUGCCAUGGGGUCUUUGUGCUCAGACGUGGCCACACAUCCCAGCCUGCCCAGAAAAGCUCAAGCAGCACAAAAUCAUCUUUGUGGUGGGUGGCCCUGGCUCGGGCAAAGGGACACAGUGUGAGAAGAUCGUGCAGAAGUAUGGCUACACCCACCUGUCCACGGGGGACCUGCUGCGGGCAGAGGUCAGCUCAGGCUCGGAGCGGGGCAAGAAGCUGCAGGCCAUCAUGGAGAAGGGAGAGCUGGUGCCCCUGGACACGGUGCUGGACAUGCUGAGGGAUGCCAUGGUGGCCAAAGCAGAUGUGUCCAAGGGCUUCCUGAUCGAUGGAUACCCCCGCGAGGUGAAGCAGGGAGAGGAGUUUGAGAAGAAGAUCGCGCCCCCCACGCUGCUGCUCUACGUGGAUGCAGGGAAGGACACGAUGGUGAAACGCCUGCUGAAGAGAGGAGAGACCAGCGGGAGGGUGGAUGACAAUGAGGAGACCAUCAAGAAGCGUUUGGAGACCUACUACAAGGCCACUGAGCCUGUCAUUGCCUUCUACAAGAGCAGAGGCAUUGUCCGCCAGCUCAACGCCGAGGGCUCUGUGGAGGAGGUUUUCCAGCAGGUCUGCACCCACCUCGACUGCCUGUAAGCAGCCCCCGGCCCCAGUUCCCCCCAGUGCACUCCAGCAGAGACAGCGGAAGCGGCUUUAUCCUGUUUUCGUGGACGGAGCCGUGCGGAGGAAAUUUCAAGGACAUUGUGUUUGGCUCUUUCCCGUCUCUCCCCAGUAAAGUUCACUGUAAUGAA